GAGUCAGUUGAAACAAAGAAAAAAAAGUUUCUCUUUUUAAAAGGGUAGAAGUCAGGAAAUCAAAAAUACUUGCAAUCCAGUAAUUGUUCACUCGUGCUCAUUCCGUCUGCUUAUAGAAAUCCAUAAAGAUAAGACAAUUAGCAGAGAUGGACACUUUCUUCUUUUCCUGCUUUUGCAGGCGUGCACUGAAGGACGGAGCUUGGCAGGAUGAUUUAUGGGACUCGACCCUCAGGGCUCUGCUUAAUAAAAAACAAAGCCCCUGGGGAGGUCUACCACACCCCUGCAGCUCUUAUCUUUCCCUUUCAUCCAGGGAAAAAGAUUAAAGCCGGUGUUUUCCUGGCUUUUACGAAGUUCAGUAUGGAGCUCCUUAAUUAGGAACUCAUCGAAGGUGGCGCCACCAGAAGUCCCUACUUGCAUUUUUUACGUGCUUUCAAACUGCUAGGUUGGCAGAAGCUGGGACAAGUAACAGGAGCUCACCCCAUUACGCAGCACUAGGGAUUCGAACUGCUGAACUGCCAAUCUUUCGAUCAACAAGCUCAGUGUCUUACUCACUAAGCCACCGUGUUCCUUAAAAUUACACAUAUACCAAUUAUCAUAAAAUGUAACAAUUGCUGCUACAGACCCCUCACAUUCUGGACUUAAAUUGUUUCAACUUCUACCCUCAAAAUGAUGCUAUAGGGCAAGGAUCUCCAACUUUGGCAACGUUAAGACUUGUGCUUUGCUGGCUGAAGAAUUCUGGGAGUUCAAGUCCACAAAUCUUAACGUUGCCAAGGUUGGAGACACCUGCUAUAUAGGGCACUGCACACCCGAACAACUAGACACAAGGACAGCUUUUUACCUCCAAUGCCAUUACUCUGCUAAACAACUAAUUCCCACAACAGUCAAACUAUUUAUUAAGACUGUAUUACUAUUAUUCUUCUCAUCCUUCCUAUUACCUAUCUCCUCCCACUUAUGACUAUAACCAUGUUGCUUGUAUUUUUACGAUUUAUAUUGUUCUGUUCAUUUCCUAGUAUGAUUUGAUUGCCUAUUAGUAAUCUAUGACUUUACCAUGGCUCAGGGGCUAGGAUGUUGAGCUUGACCUCUAGAGUCGACAAUGACUAGCACGUAUGUGUGAGGGGAACCUUUACUUUAUUUAACCUAUGACUAUCACUAAGUCUUGUAUCUUAUUAUUCUUGAUGAAUGUAUUUUUUCCCUCUUUUUUCUUUUUUCUCCCUUUUAUGUACUCUGAGAGCAUAUGCACCAAAGACAAAUUCCUUGUGUGUUCAAUCACACUUGGCCAAUAAAGAAUUGAAUUCUAUUCUAUUCUGUUCUGUUCUGUUCUAUUCGGGGAGAUUUGUUUGUUAAUGUUAGCUAAAUAAAGUUCCCAUCUUUAGAAGUGCUACAUUUCUGAAAGUCAGCUUCUAAACUCACAAUUCUUUUCUGAAUGUCCACUACGGAGGAAACAUUAAUAGAAGCUUGAGCUCAGCUUGAAUUAUGCAAUCCUUGGCUCUCUCUGAGUUGGCUGGUUACUUGCAAAUGUUUUGUUACAGAUAAUAUCUUCAAUACUCAGUAGUUAAGAUUACCUAAUCAGAUAACGCAACAUUUGCAAGGAAACAGCUAACCUCAGAGAGCACGGGAAAAAGGGAAAAAGGGGCGUGCAUAAGAGCACAAGCGUGCCUACCCCCAUUGUUUCCUUUCGUUAUAUUCAAUUAAUAUAGUUAUUACAUACUCAUGCUUAUAUAUAUGCUCAUAUAUUGUAUAGUUAUUUCAUGCUUAUGCUUAUAUAUACUGUGUGACAAAAUAAAUAAAUAAAAAUAAAAUAAAAAGAAUGACAGCUGAGGGGAGUAAGACGCACUCUAUCCAAGUCCUUCAAGCCCUUCGAUGAACCGCAGGCAACGGGACGAACGUAAACGAAGGUCCUAGUUGUAAACCCAAACCCCGGCGGCUCUGCUUCAAAAACAUCCCAUAGGCUGCCGUCCGCCAGUUACCGAAAGACUGUUGCGCACGCGCAAGUUGGCUCUUCCUACUUUUGUCGGAAUAAUUACCAUCAGUUAGACGGAAAACCCUAACUGGAUAACCAGGAGAGGGAACGGCAUUACACGUUUAUGUUUUAUUGUUCUAACGAAGGGUGGUGGUGUAAUCAAGCUAAUAAGGAAAAGGAAGCAAACCGCUGUUUUUUUGCUCAUAAUUACAUACACUUGGAUUUGCUAGCCACUUUAGUGCGCAGGGAAUUGCAGAUUUUUGCUAAACAGUCGGUCUUCCCUACGCUGUCCCACCGUGUCGGAAUUUGAGAAGAGCAGGAAAGGGGGGCUAAUAGUGUGACUGUGGGAGGGACAAAGAGGUCUAGCCUUCCACCCCAGUUUCGAAGCGGGUGCAGAAAAUAAAGGCCGGUAAUGGUGGUGCAUUAUUAACUAAAGAUUGCUAUUGUCUUUCAAAUCUAAGGCGCUGGCGUUGCAAUUGCAGAACAUUUUUUUUCUUUCUGUCCCAUUACUGUUUUUUCGGAAGUAGUGAUAGCAACAACCACUACAAGACCAACAUUCUGUUUGGAUCCAGCUUACGUCCCUUUAUUUCUAAAUCUACGACCGCUGUGCAUAUAUGUGCAUAUAAAUUGCCGCUGUGCAUUAUAUGUGCAUAUAAAUUGCUGGGCCAUUUUUUUGUCAGGUUAACAUCUUUGCUUUCUUUUAUCUAAACCAAGAAGAGGAUAUCGGCAGCAUCGAGGAGAAAGGAAGGGGAAAUCUGAGAAGGCCUUUAUGCACAGAAGCCUGCUUGCUUUGAUAUCCCAGAAAAUUGACAGAAAAUGCAAAACAGUGAAGUAAUAAAGCCUGCCAAAUACUUUUCUGAAGUGGAGAAGAGUGUGCUGCUGGCAUUAGUUGAGAAAUAUAAGUAUGUACUUGAGUGUAAAAAGAGUGAUGCAAGGACUAUUGCAUUGAAACAACGGACCUGGCAGGCCCUUGCUCAUGAAUACAAUUCCCAACCAAAUGUAUCACUCCGAGAUUUUAAGCAGUUGAAAAAAUGUUGGGAGAACAUCAAGGCUCGGACAAAGAAAAUAAUGGCACAUGAAAGACGAGAUAAGGUAAAAAGAUGCAUUAGUCCACUUAUAAGUAAUCACAUCCUAGGAAAAGAGAAGAUCACCAACAUGAUACCAGACCAAGUAUAUUUUUUACAGACUCCACCAGAAGAAGAUUCUGAGUAUCAGCCUGAAACGUCCAAUCAAGAAUCUUUCAGUGUUAUUAACAAAGAAUCAUGUGAUGAAGAGAAAGGACUUGUACAUUUUCAGGUAUGUGAAGGUACCUCACAGUCUGAGCCUUCCUGUUCAGCAGUCAGAGUAACUGGAAAUAAAAACUUCAGAAAUAAAGCUGCUCAAGAAAGUGAUUUGAAAAAGAUGCAUGAAGAGGAACACCAUCAGCAAAUGUCUAUUUUACAACUGCAGCUAAUCCAAAUGAAUGAAGUACAUGUGGCAAAAAUUCAACAGAUAGAAAGGGAAUGUGAAAUGGCUGAAGAAGAACACAGAAUCAAGAUGGAAGUGUUAAACAAAAAAAAAAUGUACUGGGAAAGGAAACUUCAGACUGUUACAAAAGAAUGGCCUGUAUCAUCUUUUAACAGGCCAUUCCCUAAUUCACCCUAAUACAUGCAGCAGCUGGUGAUUCAUUAGACUGAAGUAACUUGAUCAUCAGAAAAUAGUUUGAGAUUAGGUUCAAUUCCUGUAUUUAGAAUGACAGUGUAAUUGUUGGCUAUGAACAAAUGUCAAUAAAUACCUAAAGUAGGGUUUAGGUAGGUUUUCAUUUAAUAAAACAACAAAGAAAUCUCCAUAUUUUUGGAGGCAA